UAUUGUCCAAUUGGGGGCGGUAAUGCUUUUUUUGAACGCCAACCGCAGUUAAACCACACAGAAGAAGAAUCCAGGCUGCUGUCUAUCGUUUGACCAAAUACUUUUUAUAGCAAAACCAAGAUAGACCACAGCCCGUCGUUUCUAUUGGGAACAAAUUAGUCAUAGUGGGCAGAGCCAAGCACAAGCUGGCAGGUCCUAUUGGUGCGUUCUUACAGAUCUUUGCAUAUUUCCGUUAGGGAACGUCUGCUAUGUGAAGUGUGCGGGUGCAAAACCCAAUUCGCCUUUGCACUCCUUCUUAAACAAUGCAAUUUUUUUUACAUCUUUGGGGAAAAGUCUAAAAAACGUUGUUCGCUCUGUUCGUAACAGAUUAUAGCGUUUGGAAAAAUUCUGCGGAACGUUGGACAAAAUCAAUCUAACGUCAUCACUACCAUAUGUAUUAUUGAGUGGAAACGCCAAGCGGAUGCUUCAUAUUUAUACAUCCAGUGAAAUAUCUGUCUCAUUGUUCUAUCUGCGGUUCGACUGUUGAUCCGGAAACUCACUGAGGGACAUACUCUUCCGCUCCGAGAUUUGUUUUAGUAAAUAGAUGAUAUUGAGUUACUAUUAAAGAUAAUAGUAUUGUUAAUAUAGUAACUUGUUCUACUGUCAAUGGUUCAACAUAUUAGACACACUAACAAUAGCUCGUUAGAUUGUCAAAGUGUUGGGGGAGUGGAAGUGAUCGUUAUUUGCCAUAUAUGCAACUUGAACUGUGAUCGAAGUAGCCUACGUCCAUGCAGGGUAUAACGUCAGGUCUGCUAGGCUACUCCGGACAGUCGAUCGAAGUAGCCUACGUCCAUGCAGGAUAUAACGUUAGGUAUACUAGGCUACUCCGGACAGUUGCUCUGUGAACAAUUUAGGGGAAAUGACAGGAAAGGUUGAAGGGAUGAAGCAGAAAAAGACUAAAUGGAAGGAUUUCCUCGAGAAUAUCAGUGUGCUGCAAUGGAUACUGACCUUCCUCUUAUUAGGUCUGGCUUGUAUUGGGUUGAUGGUGUACCUUAUGUUUACCUCUCUGUGGCCACUGCCUACUCUCUACUUCAUAUGGCAGUUGAAGGACUGGCACACACCUGAAAGAGGUGGCAGGAGAACUGCAUUUGUGAGAAACUGGAAAAUGUGGAAACAUGUAAGGGACUACUUCCCAAUGAAGUUGGUGAAGACAGCGGAGUUGAAUCCAAACAAGAACUACAUCUUAGGGUGUCAUCCUCAUGGAGUCAUGAGUAUGGGAGCCUUUACCUCUUUCAGCACUGAGGCCUGUGGCUUUAUGGACCUCUUCCCUGGGGUGCGCUCCUGCCUCUGCAUACUAGGUGGCAUCUUCAAGGUCCCCCUCUACAGGGAAUAUGCCAUGGCCACAGGUUGUUAUCCAGUCAGCAGGCCCAGUCUAGAGCACCUUCUGUCUAAAAGUGGGAAAGGCAAUGCGGUAGUGAUUGUGAUAGGGGGCGCUGCUGAGUCUCUGCUGAGUCUGCCUGGGGUCAAUACUGUGUAUAUGAAGCAGAGGAAAGGCUUCGUCCGGGUGGCCCUGGAGUUUGGGGCUGACCUGGUGCCUGUCUACUCGUAUGGGGAGAACAAUAUCUUCCGCCAGGUGAUCUUCACAGAGGACAGUGUGGGCUGGAGGUUGCAGCAACUCUUUAAGAAGCUCAUGGGCUUUGCCCCCUGUCUGUUCGUGGGUGAAUGCUGGUUCUGGAUGCCUUACCACUGCCCUGUUACCACUGUCGUGGGUAGUCCUAUCCCAGUGCCAAAGCGGCCUUCCCCCACUCAGGAGGAAGUGGAUCACUACCAUGGCCUCUACAUGGAGGCCCUGUCCAAGCUCUUCCAUGGACACAAGGCCAGCUGUGGACUCUCAGACAGCCACGAGCUGCGCAUCAUAUAGGCCAAUCAUUUAGACUGCUCCCACAAGGACUAUGUGAAUGACGAGAUUUGUCAUGGUGUCUUUCUGUCAGAUACUGUAGCCAACCUCCACAGUGAGACUACUUAAAUGAACAUAUUCCAACUCAGGAUCCAGCGAUGUCCCAAUCAUUGAUCCCUGGAUCCACUAAGCUGCCUGGCUAAUAACUUUGGACUGUAUUUACUGUAAGGGAACAGUGCAUGUGCUUUAAUGUACCAAUAAUUUAACCACUUUGGUAAGGGUUUUUUCAGUUGUUCAGGUACACCAAAAAAAAAUUAUUGAGGCAAGCCGAAGUCGGUAACCCCUUCGUCACGUCGGUAGUCAACAGUAGGAUUCUUCAGUAAAAUCUUUGUUGUCAUUCAGCAAGAGGCGACUCAUUUUCAUGCACAUUUUUUAAUUGAGAAAUACUGUACCAAACAUGUAAAAUGCGUGACUAAGAUCUCCUCUGCAAAAACUUCAAAAUUAAUGACAGAUUUCUUGAGUCAUCUUAGAUGAAUUCGGACUAUUUUGAGAAAGUGUAUACUGACUAGGACUUUGGCUAGCCAACCAGCCGGACUGAAGCAUACUGACACUUUCCACUCAUCCAACAUCCCACAUCUCAAUGUUAUUACAGCUGUUAAGUACAACACGCGCACACACACCACAACUCAACGACUUUUGGGGGUAAUAAUAUUGAUUGAUACUGGCAAGAUGCACAGUGCAACAGGUAGAUAUUAUUUAUAUUUUUAGUAGUUGUAAUGUGUGUGUUAUAUAUCCCUCCUAUCCAUCACAGACCAUCGGUGGUGGUGGUACAGGUUGCCAUGGAGAUGUCUGGAUGAGUGGAAUGCCCUGCAGGAGUUGAGGCGGAGUUUAACCUCCAUAAGCCUGACAGCAUGGUGCCCUCUAAAGGAGUCAUUAUGCUUCAGUUUGGGUGGCACCUAGCCGAACCUAACGAGUGUGCUCGCAUACUCCAUUGUUUGAAAAAUGAGAAAAAAAGUGGCAUAUGAGACGCUGUAGCCAAUAAAUACUUUCUCAAAAUAGUUAGAAUUAAUCUAAGAUAACUGAAAAAUUCUGUCAUUAAUGUUGACGUUUUUGCCAGAGGGAUCUUAGUAACACAAUUGUACAUCUGAAAAAGAAUGCACCAAACAUCUUAGUUAAUGAAAAAAUGUGCAUGAAAAUGAGUCGUCUCUCAUUAAAUGACACAGACAUUAUUAAAGAAUCCCUACUGUUGACCAAUCACCGACGAAGGGGCGUAGACUUCAGCUCCGAAUUUAGGCUCGCCUCCAGAAAAACAUUUGUGUUCCCGAACAGCAGAAAAAACCCUCACCGAAGUCCAUAACGAACAAAAACGUCACAAAAUGUUGUCUUAAUUAAUGCACAAACUCUACUAAACAGUUUCGGCUGGGAAUCAUGCUGACGCCUUUAAAAUACUCUCCAUUUCAUAACAAA